AUGGCGAUGGCGCCUCCGGGACAGGCCGAGCAAGAGCGCGACCAUCAGCAUGGCCAGCCCAACAGCAGCCACCACACUGACGCCGGAACGGCCGCCAGGAGCGUCGUCGGCGACUACGCCAAACUCGUGGCCGUCAUCCUGUUCGCGCUGCUGACCAUGCUGGCGCUCGCUCUGGCGCUCAAAGCCGCCGUGCGCUACCUCGUUGGUCGCAGCCGCCGAGCUCGACGUGGUCGCGCCAACAUCACCGACCGGGAGAUGCCGGCCGUGGAGGCGCCCGCCCCGCCGCCGCCGCCGCCUGCCCUGGUUUACUCCGCGGCGAGCACCAAUCUGGCGGGCGCCGCGGCGGAGUCGGAGUGCACCAUCUGCCUCACCGAGUUUGCGGACGGGGACGCCGUCCGAGUCAUGCCUGCCUGCCGCCACAGCUUCCACGCGAGCUGCAUCGAGCGCUUGCUCGCGGGGGGCCGCCGCUCGUCCUGCCCGACGUGCCGCGCCCCGGCCGCUGUUGCCACCGGAGCAGCCGCCGCCGCGCCGCAGCCUGAUGAGACCACCAACCGGCGGGAACCAUACUCCGGCGCCGGCGACUGCUCCAGACACGUGGCCUUCGUCAUCCUGGCCGCCCUGUCGAUGACCACCAUGGCGCUCGCCAUGAUCAGUGCCACCGUGCGCUACUUCCUCGGACGAUGGCGGAAGUAGCUAGCUAGUAGGGAACCCUCCGCUGGCAGGUGUCGGUGUUUCUUAAUUUCUCUUUAAUUUGCAUUGCAUAUAAAUAUCUUGUCAGCGGAGGACAUCAAGUGAACGAUGAUUUAUAAUUCUUCUAAAUAGCAGUGUGUGUCAA